AUUGUAAAGUACAUGUUUCUCGCUCAAGUGCACAUGUACUAUAGCGGUGCAAACAAAGUUUUGCAUCAUGUAUUGGUUACAUGCUUGAUCUUUAUAUUCAUUCUACCUUUUACACUGACAUAAUGCCUGGAUGCUAUGCCCCAGAUUGUAAUCAUGUUUCUUUGAGAGACAGUUGUCGGUUUUUUACAUUUCCUAAAGACGAAGCUAAAUUUAACGAUUGGGCGAAAAUCUGCAGACGUGGUGAUCGUCCUCCCAAUAAAAAUGAUCGCUUGUGUAGUUGUCAUUUUAAAGAUGGAAUAAAAGAUAAUGGCCCUACUAUAUUCAAUAGAAAUAAAAAUGAAUUGAAUAUAAUUGCUUCCAAACAACAAAGAAAAAAAACUUAUACAGAGGAAUUGUCAGAAGAAAUAAUAUAUAAAGAAGUAUCUAUAGAAGUUCCAUUAAGAGUUGAAGAACGUGUUAUUAAUGAAGAGUAUAGAAUAUGGAAAAAGAAUACGCCAUUUCUUUAUGAUUUGGUAAUGACACAUGCAUUAGAAUGGCCAAGUUUGACAACACAAUGGCUUCCUGAUGUGACAAAGCCAGAAGGAAAAGAUUACUCUGUACAUCGACUUAUUUUAGGAACACACACGUCAGACGAACAGAAUCAUCUGCUGAUUGCCAGUGUACAGUUACCGAGCGAUGACACACAGUUUGAUGCAUCCCAUUAUGACAGUGAAAAAGGAGAAUUUGGUGGUUUUGGCUCAGUUAGCGGUAAAAUUGAGAUAGAGAUCAAGAUUAAUCAUGAAGGAGAGGUCAACAGAGCUCGGUAUAUGCCACAGAAUCCCUGCAUAAUUGCCACCAAAACUCCUUCCAGUGACGUUCUUGUAUUUGAUUAUACAAAACAUCCAUCAAAACCAGAUCCAAAUGGAGAAUGUAAUCCAGAUCUUAGGUUAAGAGGUCAUCAGAAAGAAGGUUAUGGAUUGUCAUGGAAUCCAAAUUUAAAUGGAAACCUUCUCAGUGCUUCUGAUGAUCAUACCAUUUGUCUUUGGGAUAUUAAUGCUGUUCCUAAAGAAAAUAAAGUAGUUGAUGCAAAAUCUAUAUUUACUGGUCACACUGCUGUUGUUGAGGAUGUAGCUUGGCAUUUGCUUCAUGUUAGUUUAUUUGGUUCUGUAGCAGAUGAUCAGAAAUUAAUGAUAUGGGAUACAAGGUGUAAUGUAACUAACAAACCCAGUCAUAUAGUAGAUGCACAUGCAGCAGAAGUGAACUGUUUGUCUUUUAAUCCUUAUAGUGAAUUUAUAUUGGCCACAGGCUCUGCAGACAAAACUGUAGCUCUUUGGGAUCUUCGUAAUUUAAAGUUGAAGCUUCACUCAUUUGAAUCGCAUAAAGAUGAAAUAUUUCAAGUUCAGUGGUCACCACACAAUGAGACAAUUCUGGCUUCAAGUGGGACAGACAGGAGGCUCCACGUGUGGGAUUUGAGUAAAAUUGGUGAAGAGCAAACUCCCGAAGACGCAGAAGAUGGGCCACCCGAACUUUUGUUUAUUCAUGGAGGACAUACUGCUAAAAUUUCUGAUUUCUCUUGGAAUCCUAAUGAGCCAUGGGUGAUAUGCUCUGUAUCUGAAGAUAAUAUUUUACAUGUCUGGCAAAUGGCUGAAAAUAUUUAUAAUGAUGAAGAACCAGAAACAACAGCUACAGAGUUAGAAAGUUCUGCUACAUGAUUUAAAUUUUCAAAAAAUCUUGCAUUUAGCAUUUUUAUUCUGAAUCAUUUCUCAGUUGCUCAGAAGUCAGUAGAAGAGGUUACACAUCAAAAGACAUUAAAUUUUAUAUUUAAUUUUUUGGCAUAAAACAACCAAAACAUGCAUUUAUAUAAAUGAUUAUUUUUUCAAACAAAGAUUAAAGUCAUGCGCGAUAAAAAGAAAAUACAUUCCACACGUCCAUUCUUUAACAAAAACUACUCUGCCUAAGGCAUUUGAAAAGUUAUGUAUCAUAAAGCUUUAAAAUGUUUUUUAACAAUCUAAUUUUUUCAUUUUACAAAUGGGAAAACAAACAAUUUUUCCAUUCUAUCACACACCUGGAGAGUUUUUGGUACAAAACAUCUGGAAGAUAACGAUUACAUGACACACAUUUGUAUUUUUGUAUACCUCGUGUAUGUUGGAUCCAUCUUUGAUGCAGGCUCAACUACUAUUAGGAAGAGUAUUCCUUUAAAAAAAAUUAAGAAGCUGUAUCAUAAAUGGAGAAUAGGAAGUUGUGAUUUUUGAAGUAGAAAACAUUUUGUGAAUUUGUUGUGCAGUAAGAAUAAAUUUAAUUUCAAAACAU